AGAUGGCGACGGUUGUUUGGUUACUAAGACGCUUUGCUUGAUCUUCAAGAUGGCGAAAAACUAGUCAGAAAGCAAUUCGUACAGAGCGAUAGUGAUCAGCAGGGAUUGAGUUCUUCUCAAAGGGAACAACGAUGACUGAAGCUGAGGACGAAGAAAUAACACAGGCCCUGAUCAUUUAUUACUGCCAGGAGAAGUAUUCAAAUCACGUGUUGAAUGUUUCAAGUGAAGCCCAGCGAAAGUUCAGCAGUAGCCCAAUCUACACGUUCUUCCACGCCUAUGGCCUUCUCAUGCAAGAUCAUGUACAGGAGGCCAUUGGGGAGCUGGAACAGGUGAAGGAUAAGAGAGAUGUAUCAUUGUGUGCACUGAUGGCUCUGGUCUAUGCCCAGAGAAAAAGACCUAACCCAGACAGAGACACCAUCCAAGAGCUUGAUGUGAAGGUGAAGGAGACUCGUAAGACUGCCAGCCCGAAAGCUCUUUAUCAUGCUGGGAUGUUUCUCUGGCUCCUGGGCCGGAAUGACAAGGCCAGAGAGUAUGUGGACAGGAUGAUCAAAAUCUCCAACGGCUCCACAGACGGAUUGAUAAUGAAAGGCUGGAUAGACCUGACUUCUGGUAAAGACGGCUACACCAAGAAAUCUGGGAAAUACUUUGACGAAGCUCUGAAAGAGAAAAUCACUACUUUUGCUCUGAUGGGGAAGGUGCAGUAUAAUGAGGUCCGUCAGAAUUACUCUGGUGCCUUAGAGACGGUUAACCAGGUCAUUGUCAAUUACCCAUCAUUCAUGCCUGCUCUGGUGAAGAAGAUGAAGCUCCUAUUGAACCUGCAGGACUGGGAACAGACUGUGGAUGCUGCUCAGAGACUUCUUCAGAAAGACAGAAACAACCUGGAGGGACUACGAAUGCUAGCACUGCACUCCCUCUGCCGAGAAGGUGACAUAGGGGAGUCAGCGAAACAGUUGUUGAACCUUGUCAGCAACUUGGACUCUCAAGAGCCUAACAACCCAGAACUUCUUUUCAGAAUGUCUUUGGCUUUCACUCGAGGGUGUGGAAGAGCAGAAAAGGUUCUCCAGCACACACAUACACUCGUGGAACGAGCCUUCUCUCUGGCGUCGGGUGAUGCAGAGCUGGCUACUGAAUUGGGCUACCAGCUGCUCCUUCAGGGCAGAGCCAAGGAGGCCAUAAAGUGGUACAAAAUUGCCAUGACUUUGGAUGAGAGCAGUGUUCCUGCUCUGAUAGGUAUUAUUCACUGCCAGUUGAGUGAGGGUCAUCUGCAGGAUGCUGAGCAGCAGCUCGAAUUUCUUACUGAAAUUCAACAAUCCAUUGGCAAAUCAGCGGAGCUGCUGUAUUUGCAGGCAGUCUUGGCCAUUCGCAAAAGGAAGUCUCAGGAUGAGGUGACCAACCUGCUGAAUGUCGCUGUGGACACACACUUCUCCACUCUCCAGGGCCUGCCACUCAGUAUAGAAUACUAUGAGAAACUUAACCCUGACUUCCUGCUGGAGAUUGCAAAACAAUACCUGGCGCUCUGUCCUGCCAAGCUUCCAGCCCAGGGCCAGGCUCCUGCUCCUCAGCUACAGAAUUGUGCAGCUGUGUUGGACACAGUGGUCAAGCUUGUCCCUGGACUCCUCCAAGCCGUGUUCCUGAUGGCAAAAGUCAGGUUUCUGUCAGGGAACAUAGAGGCAGCUCAGAGCAGUCUGGAACAUUGUUUGGAGCAGAAACCCUGCUUUGCAGAUGCCCACCUCCUCAUGGCACAAAUCCAUCUCCUCCAGGGCAACUUCAAACUCUCUUCACAGUCUCUAGAGCUCUGCCUCAGCCACAACUUUGAGGUAAGGGAGCACCCUCUGUAUCAUCUGAUUAAAGCUCAAACCCAAAGAAAGAUGGGUGAGCUGCAGGAGGCCAUUCAAAUGCUUCAGUUGGCCAUGAGUCUGCCAGGAGUAAAAAGAGUAGGCUCCUCUGCCAAAACCAAAGCCAGGAGAGUGGAGCUCAGCACAGCAGACUGUGUUUCUGUGUAUCUGGAGUUGGCAGAAGCACUGUGGCUCAAUGGAGAACAGCAUGAGGCAGCUAAAGUGAUGCAGGAUGCUAUCAAUGAGUUUACUGGUACUCCUGAGGAGCUGCGUGUCACCAUCGCUAAUGCCGACCUUGCCCUGCUGCGGGGGGACACAGAGCUCGCAUUGAGCAUGCUUCGAAACAUCACACAGGAGCAGCCCUACUUUGUGCAGGCCAUAGAGAAGAUGGCAGAUGUGUACCUGAACCACAGGAAGGAGAAACGGCUAUAUGUAAGCUGCUAUAGGGAUUUGGUGGAAAAGAUGCCCAGCUCACAUACAUACUUACUAUUAGGAGAUGCCUAUAUGAACAUCCAAGAGCCUGAGAUGGCCAUUGACGUUUAUGAGCAGGCUUUGAAAAGAAACCCUAAAGAUGGUGCUGUGGCUAGCAAGAUUGGGAAAGCUCUUGUCAAGACCCAUAACUAUGUGAAGGCCAUAAACUAUUAUGAGGCUGCUCUUAAGAGUGGUCAGCAAAGCUUCUUGCGCUAUGAUCUGGCUGAAUUGCUCAUGAAGCUAAGACAGUAUGAACGCUGCGAGAAAGUUCUGCACGAGGCUCUCUCGCACGACCCUGUGAAUGAACUGCCUUUGCUAACAGAGGAUUGCCGUUACCUUGUACUGCUGGCCAAGAUUCAGAGCAAAGUCAAUAAAAAUGAUGAGGCUUUGCUUUCUUUACAUCGUGCGAGAGAUGUGCAGGCGAAGGUGCUGAAGCGUGUUCAGUUGGAGCAGCCUGACGCAGUGCCCAUGCAGAAGCAGCUCGCCUCUGAGAUCUGUGCUGAAAUUGCCAAACACUGCAGCCACCAGCGUGGCUAUGAGAGAGCCGUCAAGUUCUACAAAGAAGCGCUUGUGUACUGUGAGAGUGACAGCAAGGUGAUGUUGGAGCUAGCCCAGCUGUAUCUAACUCUGGAUGAUGUAGAGGCUUGCCAGCAGCAGUGCAGUGUCAUCCUGAAGAACGACCCAGUCAAUGAAGCAGCAACACUGAUGAUGGCUGAUCUGAUGUUCAGGAAACAGGACUAUGAGCAGGCAGUUUUCCACUUCCAGCAACUGCUGGAGAGGAAACCAGACAACUAUCCAACACUGUCCCGGCUGAUUGACCUGCUGCGCAGAGCUGGCAAACUGGAGGAGAUUCCCAGAUUUCUGGAUAUGGCUGAAAAACACUCGCCAAGAGCCAAGUUUGAGCCAGGGUACAACUACUGCAGAGGCCUUUACUUGUGGUACACUGGUGAACCCAAUGAGGGUUUGCGUCACUUCAAUAAGGCACGCAAGGACAAUGACUGGGGUCAGAAUGCAAUAUACAACAUGAUUGAGAUUUGCUUAAAUCCAGAUAAUGAGACGAUGGGAGGCGAGGUGUUUGAGAACCUGGAUGGAGACAUGGGGAACUCCACAGAGAAGCAGGAGUCAGAGCAGCUGGCAGUGAGAACAGCAGAGAAACUGUUGAAAGAGCUGAAGCCUCAGACCCCUCAAGGCCACAUGCAGCUACGUAUCCUUGAGCAUUACUGUUACCUGGCUACCAAACAGAAGGCCAACGUGGAGAAAGCUCUUGGAGUAUUCAUUGAGAUUGUGAACAAUGAGAAAGAUCAUGUCCCUGCACUGUUGGCAAUGGCCACAGCCUACAUGAUCCUCAAACAAACUCCUCGAGCCAGGAACCAGCUGAAACGCAUUGCCAAGAUGAACUGGAACAUUAUUGAUGCCGAUGAGUUUGAGAAGAGCUGGUUGCUCCUCGCAGACAUCUACAUCCAGUCUGGCAAAUAUGACAUGGCAGGAGAGCUAUUAAAACGCUGCUUGCGCCACAAUAAGUCAUGCUGCAAAGCUUAUGAAUACAUGGGGUACAUCAUGGAGAAGGAGCAAUCUUUCAGAGAUGCAGCCAUGAACUAUGAACUGGCCUGGAAGUAUGGCAAUCAGACCAAUCCAACCAUCGGGUACAAACUUGCUUUCAACUAUUUGAAGGCAAAGAGACAUGUCGACGCCAUAGAUGUUUGUCACAAAGUCUUGGAUGUACACCCAAACUAUCCGAGGAUAAGAAAGGACAUUUUGGACAAAGCAAGAGCUGCUUUGCGUUCUUAGUGUGUGUAUGUGUUUGUCUGAAAACCAGAAAUGUAUUAGCAUCCUAAUAACAGUGGUGUUUAUAAAUGGUGAUAUACUUGAGUAUUACAUUUUUAUCUGCUAUUUGAUAUAUAUUUUGGUGUGUUUUAAUUCAUUAUUCUUGAUGACUCUGUAUUAAAUUGUCUGUAAAGAAAAAUAAUUAUAUUAAAAAAAAGUGAUCCAUAA